AUGGACCCGGCCAGCCUUCAAGAGAUGCUCCAGAAAAACUACGAGGCUCAGCAACAACAGAUUGCCUCCCAGAACGAGUUGAUCAAACAAAUGCAGCAGCAGGCUGCCACUCGAGAAAAGGCGUAUGAAGAUCUUCUCAACAAGUUCCAAGAAGUAGGUGUCAAGAACGCUACUGCAGAAAGCUCGCCUUCUAGCAACAAGCAGAGGUCAAAGCCAAGAGCUUCAACAGGGUCAAUCCCAAACAAGCCGACUUCAAGCUCUUUGAAGCCUUCAAAGUCAAACCGGACUCCCAGUAAAAUGGCCCAUUCAUCCACACCUCCGAGAAGAUCAUCGACACCCAAGACCCCUAAAACAUCAACCUCUCGCGUUCGAACAUCUGGGCCACCAAAACCUUCACCCAAACAACAUCCCGACCAAUUGAAAAUGAGUGAAACACCCAAAGGAUACGAACCAACAAAGAAUUGUUUUUAUGUCUUUAUUCGGAUCAUCUGGGGGUUGACCUCGUCAUCCGCUGUACCGAAGCCUCCAAAUCCCGAAAUGCUCACCGAAUUCAACGCUCGAUUCUCAGAGUCUGCCGAGAUUGAAGCAGUAUUGGAUAGCACAUCAGCCAAAGACCUUGUCGAUCAACGCGAAGUGAAAGUACCAAAAGCCGAACGUGUGAACAUUGGUAGUGGUAGAAUUGUCAACAUCAAGGAAUUCUUUGUACUCUAUACCAAAGCAAUGUUUGCUAAACUCGGCAUACGUGAAUGGUGUCCGGAUCUUGACAGUAGUGAGGAUACCCUCUGGAACGAUGCCUGCCGUAUCAGUGCUCUUCGAAUCUUUUGUCAAUGGGUUGCUGACGAUGCCUUUGCAUACAUGAAUAUCAACAAGGGUUUCACCAACAACAUACUUCUGCUCGAAAAGACCUACAAUCACUAUGUUCAUUACUGGUAUGGUCUGAAGUAUAAGCGAGAGGCGAAGGAAGAAGGAAAGAAUUUGAAGGAUGAUGAGAGGAGGAAUGUCCUAGCACGUCGCCGACGAGAAGCUGAGGCUCAUAGCGAUGAUGAGUGGUCAACCACGUUGAAUGCUUACAUUGUCAAAACGCCAGUCUUUCGAUCAGUCAAAGCUGGAAUUUUCAUACGAAGGCUGGACCAACAUAUGAAGCAGUCAGCAGACCUGGAUCCCCGGAAAACAGCUAGACCACGUCAGCGUGUCCGACCUCGACCAGCUAGACAAUCAAUCUUUACCAAAGCUCCAAAAGGACUCCCACUGGAUUUCUAUGAUGCCGAUUGGUUCAACAACUCGCUUUCAGUGGCACAACGACUCGACAUUGCUGAUUGUGACAGUGUGGCAUUUCUUCCUAACCCGGAGCUCUCCCUUCUAGGUAAAACUCACCCAGACGAGAGAAAAAACGAUAGGUGGUUCAAUGAAAAAUACUGGGCUGAAUCUACUAAGGAGUAUAACUUGGAUCAUUUCAUUGAUCAGGAACCAGAUGAAGAUGGCGAUUCCGAGUCUGGCAAUUCAACUGAGCGGGAAGGCAGUAUUGAGUUAGAAGAGAGUGAUGGUGAAGACAAUGAGGAUGCAGAGGAGGAAGAGGAUGAGUAUGAGGACUUUGAUAUUGGUAAGGGUUCUAAGGGUCCUAAGUGUUCGGGGAAAAACAAAGAUAUUGACGAAGAGGGUGAAUUUGAAGAAGACGAUGCUUUUGAAGAUACUGGAAAGGGAAAGGGCAAGGGCCCAUUGUUUGUGGAUGAUCUUGAGAUGGAAGAUGAUGGUGAGGAGGAGGCUCGAGCGGCCAGAUUUGAUUCAUGGAAGAAGGCUUGA